UAGUAACGCUCCCUAACUGCAAACACACAUUUAUCUAAACACACCUGUACAGUUUUAAUGGGAUAACUAAGUUAUCUUUCUCCAGACAUGGACCUGGAUCUUCGUCAGUAUCUCACCAAGGCAAAGGAGCAUCAUGACUCUGGAGCUCUGGAGUCAGCCUACCAGUUAAUGAAGGACGUGGCAGCAGCUGGAGCCAGAGGACGAGCUCCACGCGUUGACCCAGAGAUGCACGUUGUUUGUGCGGAAGCAGCACUACAGCUGGGUUGUUUGGAGAUAAGCACAGCGUGUCUAAAGAUGUACUUUGAAGGGAAUCCGCUGGCGAAUCAAUUUUUGUGUCGAGCCUACCUCUGCCAGGGCCAGCUGAAGUCUCCGCCGGCCACUGGGAGUGUGGAAGACUUUGAAGAGGCCGUGCUGUGGUUUCUUAAAGCAAUUGAAAUUUCAAAGCAUGAACCAAGAUUCUACUUCAUAGUGUUCAAUGCCUCGGUGCUGUACAUCCAGACGGUCCGUCCUCUCCUGCAGCCAGGGCGGUGCUUCCACCUUAUCCCCUCGCUCAGGCAGGUGGUCCAAAGUCUGGAGGAGGUGGGAGACCAGGAUCACAGCUGGAGGGCUGAACUCAUGAUGCAUCUUAUCAAAUGUCUUGUGGACUCUAAGGAAAUGGAAGAUGCUACAAGUUUUGCUGAAGUUACAGAAGAAUUCAUCAAGUCACAUACCCCACAUCUUUACCCAAGACUCUUUACAUUACUGGUACAACACAAGCUGGCAGAGGGUGAUUUCCUCAUUGAACUGAGCUGGCAGAGUACUACCUUGACAGUCAUUUACAAAAUACAGGACUUUAAAAACAGAUUGAAAGAAAUAAAUGAAGAUAAGCCAACAAAAGAGGAGCUUGAGGAGAUAUUUCAUCUCCUGAUGGGUCGUACCGAAGCAUCUGCUACUCCUGUGAGCACCAGUCCUCUUCAGAGCCCGACACCCAUCCAACCAGCUGACAGAGUCGCCUUCCUCUUGGAGCUGGCUCUGCUGGCCUUGCAAGUGAAGCAUCAGGAAGUAGCUGUCGACUGUCUGAAAGAGCUUAAGUCGGCAGGAGAGGCUAGUGUCGGCCAACGCAUUAUAAUGGAAUGUAUCAACUGUGAAAACAACCUCCUGAAGAGAGAGGCGAAGAUGAAUGACUAUUCCAAAGCCAGUGUGGAGGCCCGGCUGAAGGAGAUAGGCAGACUGAAUCAGUGGCUGCAGACUGCAGUGAGGGAGGGGGGCCCUCAGGCCAUGCAGGCAGUGUGCGCGACCCAGUGGAGCUGCUGUCUGCCCCUCUUGCAGCACAACCUCAAGAAACGCAUCAAGACACCUCUGCUCAGGGUGGCACAAGUACUGGAAGACAUGCAAAGUAUGUUGCUGGAGAUGCGCUGUCAAGUCCACUCAGAGCUGGCAAUGAUUGAAGAGGAGGACGGGCGCCUUGAGGCUUCUUUGACUCACCUUCAGAAAGCAAUGCUGCUGGAUAACGGAACACAACGAGAACGCCUGUCGUCAGCUCUCCGCCUCCUGCAGCUCAGAGGGACCCUAUACCAAACGCCCUCCCGGACCGAGGAUAAAGCCGCCAUGCUUAUGCAGCAGGCCAGAGACUUGCAUCCCCAAGAUAGGACAGGUCCCAUCCUGGCCGCUGUGGGUCUCCUUUUGGCCCCUGAUGAUUUCCAGAUGGUGCUGGAAGCUGAUAACACCUUCAAAAUUCCCUUAGGCAGUCCUGGAUCUGGACCAGUGGCUCAGCUCUCUGCUAAGGCUCAGCAUCACUCUGCAUCUGUAGGGAAGGUGGAUGGACACCUGGCCAAGCAGGGAGAUGACACAGAUAACACAGAGAGGGUGAAGCUGUGGGCAACGCUGGUGAAGACAGCCAGGAAACAGGAAGUCUGGGACGUGUGCCGGGCUGCUUGUCGAUUCUGUUUGCUGUACGAUGAUGGGAGAUGGAAGAUCCACAAGACUGACAAGUGUACAUGCUCGGAGGAAGAGUGCAGUGGAGAAUGUCUUCACGGUUGCGAUGGAAGCCAAACCAGCGAGAGGGACUUGCUGCGCCUUUUAGCUGAAAUCCGCUUCAUCAGCGCUGAGGCCACCGUCCAGAAGCUGCUAACAGAGGGGGUGCAGCUCAACAGCCCUGCUGUCCCUGCAGUGGAGAGGGAGGUGUGUUUGUCUGAAGAUGAUCCACACUGGGUUGUUUACAGAGACUGGAUCCAGGCUCUGUCUGCCUACGCCACCUCCAAUUUCUUGCGGGCAGCGGAGCUCGGAGCAGAGAUCGAGGAGCCGUGGGUGAUAACAAAUGCAGCCAUUUACCUGUGGAACUACAGCAGCCACUUGCUGGCAGCUGGGGAGUACCAACGCCUGCUUCCCACCUUCCAAAGUCUAGUGGCGAUGCUCCAGAAGACAGAGUUCACUGGGAAUCGUGCCCUGUCUGUGCUGCUGUGUGAUGCUGUGGCCCGGGGAUUGAUUCAGCCCUUAUGUGGUCCAGACAGCGUCGAGCCAGCCCAGCCAGGAGACAAGUGCAAAAACAGACCUGAGAAGGGGGUGAAGGCUGCCAGUGUACAUGGAGUUGUCUUAGACCCCAUUGCCCUCCAGGAUGUCCGCAAGGCAUCUGAGCUGUGUGACUAUGCCCUUUGCAUAUCCACCUGCAACCUCCCAGGGGAGGCCGUCCCCAUCGCAGUCAGGAAACAGGUGGUGGCCACUUGGGUGCAGAUCAAGAGGCUCUUGCAACACCAGAUUGGCUCAAAGAUGGACACUAAAGAUGAGUGUGAGGAUGAGGAAGUGUCGGCGAUGACGCGUGUGCUGGUUGGAGUGGAGAUGCUCCAGUGCAAUACGAACCCGAGGCAUAUGGAGUUCUCUGUUCCCAGUCUCUCGACGCUGGUGAGCAUGGCGUCUAAAUGCAGCUGGACUGACACCGUGGUGGAGCUGCAGGUGUGGUGCCAGCUGGCUGCCUUCUGCCACGAUGCCAAGGACCCCAGCUUGGUGUUGUGCUGCACCAAGAACGCUCUGCAGCUGGAAGAAGCUGCAGCAAAGAGCCUCAACACCAUGCCCUGUGUUUUGUACGGCCGGACUGCGGUGAACGAGAUGCUGAGCAGUGCAGGUUGUUUGAGGGGUUUAAGUUUAGUCCAUGAGUCCAAUGGAGAUCUGCACUCUUACAGAAAGGCUUUGGAGGUGCUUCUGUCCAGUGUCAGCUAUGCAGAAAAGGCUGAGUAUCCAGCAUUGUGUGUCGCUGCUGCAAGGCAUUACUGGAACACAUGUCUACCCCUGACACAGACUCCUGAGGAAAGAUGGCAGCUCAAAGAGCCCCUGGAGAACAUCCUGAAUGCUCUGGUUCAUACCAACAAGAAAUGGGCAAAUAAACGGGGCAAAGUGAAAGGCUCGCUGACCUUGACAUCGCUGCCUCCUGGGAGCUCUAAACAUGAAGCAACUGAUGAGGAGGACCAGAUCCUGAGAGCUGCCAUUUACACUUUGUUGGUCCAAAUCUACAUUGAUAGAACAGACUGGAAAAGUGCUCUGCAGCUGCUGGACCAAGCUAUUACAGACAUCCCUCACACCACACACCAGCUGCCUCUGCUGAAACACCGAAUACUGGUAAAAGCGCGACUGGGGGAGAGUGUACUGAAGGACAUGGAGAUGUUACAUGACAAAGGAAAGCAGUGCUACUCAUACAUGUGGCACCAGGUGGCGCUGCGUGCUGGCAGCAUAACCCAACAGCUCACCUGCUACCAGAAGUCCAUCACCUCUCUGUUGAGUGUAGAGACUCAGUGGCAGAAGGUCAGCCUGCUGCUAGAGUUUGGAGAGUGGCUGUACUGUCACAACUUCCCCAAUGCCGACGCCCAACAGCAGGUUCAGUGGGCCAUAGACAUCCUUCUACGCGUGGAACCUGAACAGGCAGACGGAGCAGAGGACGAGUCCAAAAAACGUGAUUUGAGCUCAGUGAAAUCCCUGGCGGGAGUCCAGGACUUGUUAUUGACACAAAGUUUGUCGGAUCUGAAGGAGGUGCGGCGCCUUGACAGCUUGGUACGAGCACACACUCUGCUCGCUGUCAUGGCAGGCAAGGCUUCACCUGAGCACCAGCUUAACCUGCUCAGAGCCUACCUGUUUGUGCUUCAAAUAUGGCAGGUGUCCAUGGCAGUGGGUUUUGAGAUUUCCAGUGAGAUUGCAAAGAGCCAGCAGCCGCCGCCGCAGCCUCCUCCUCCUCCCUCUGCUGGAUCUAAAAAAGGCAAAGACAAGGCCAAAGGCAAGAAAGUGAAAGAUCAGCCUCCCCCUGCAGAAGAGAGACCUAAACUCGUUAUCUUGGAUCAGGCACUUCCCUCCACCCCUCAGGACUGGGCUCGCUACGUCUGUCCAGACCUGGCCAGGCACAUCUUCAGAACCAACAGCAACCCCCACUGUAUCAAUACACACAGCAUUACUCAGCAGACUCAAAGCCUGUUUUAUCUCAACCUGCUGGAAAAAGAGCUUCACUCACUCUCGCUCGACCACCUGACCCUACCCAUAAUGCAUCUAGCUGAGACCAUAGCUCAUGACCUUUUGGAUAGGAGGAGCCUCUCUGACCUCUACCGACUCAGAAUUGUGAGGACCUGCUGUCAGCUGGGUUUGGAGACACAUUCACCAUAUCAUGAGAAGCUCCUGGAUCUUUGUCAAAUCCAAGAACAAGAACAGAUGGGGUGCCGCAAAGCGAUUGCUUUCUCACAGGAGAGGAGGAGAGACCUUCACAAAGCUUCCAAUAAGAAAGUUAAGGUGGAUGAACAAGCUGGGUCUGGGCAGCAGAGUAUGGAUGUGUGUGCUCAGGACAUCUGGCUGGACAAAGCUGAGGUUUGCCUCAUUAUGGGGCUCUAUCAACCAGCCAGGCAUCUCCUGGCAGAGGCCCACUUGGUAGCUAUGGAGCUCAGAGACCAGAAAGCUUUGGCUAGAAGUUUGCUCAGUCUGGCUGUUCUGGCUUGUGAAGAGCAGAACUAUGAACAGGCGUUGAUCCUGCUGGACAAAGCCCAUGUCCUGGGUGGGGAUGAGGAGUUCUGGUACCAGCUCACCCUCACCAAGGUCAGAGCUGUGGUAGGCCAGAGAGGCCAUGACGCACACAUCAAGGCUGAUCAGAUUAUAAAACAAGGCUGUGGGGCUCUGAAGCUGGUUCUGGAGCAGCGGGUAAACCGGAUCCCAGAACUCACCUUAUUGAUCAACUCAUUAAAGAUGAGAGGUGCCAUUGAAUGUAUACGUGCCCUUGGUGGUGGUGAACCUGGAGAGACACUCAGCAACGAGGUUGUCCAGAGGCUGAUGGCCGCCUGCGAUACACUCAGAGAGUGUGCCAGUGGUUUCACUAAACUCAGCUACAGAGGACACGCAGUAGAGGCACAUGCAGAGUACGCACAUGGUCUGAGAAUCCUAGCCAACCAUGCUACUUGCAGAGAAGACAGACAGCGCUUCCUGCUCGAUGGCCUCUCCCAAAUACAGCUAGCUGUUUCAGAGCAGGAACGUGUGGCGCUGAACGCUCAGCGGCUGCUCCCCUCACAGGAAGAGAGUCAUGGAGUGUCACUGGCAGCCAUGCGGAGGCUGCUGCGCCUGCGACUGGCCCUGGCAGAAUUUAGUCUGGCCGUGCUGGAGGAGCACUGUGCUGAGGAGAAACGCAGAGCUCUGGCCAGCAAGGGGAAAACUUCUGCUGAGAGAGCACUGGAGGAGUUUGCACGUUGCUCUCCUGAGCCCAACUCUAUAGAACAGGAGUGGCUGAGUGUGGGCAGCACCUUGGGGCAGGUGGCUCUGGGCCAGCUGGCUGCAGUAAACUCUCAGUCCCUGGACGACAUGGAGACUAAAGCUCGCUGCCUGAGUCUGAUGGGAAAGUACCUCCGACUGCUGGCUGUGCAGGAGGACCCCAUUCAUCUGUGUGCUCUCUGGGACAAACAUAAACAGAAGGAGGCCUGGUCUGACCCUAAAGCUGUUUCCGUGGAGGAGGAGAAUUCAGUGAAAAGGAAAGACAGAGGAUCAAGCAGAAGAGAACCGAGUGUGACCUCUGCCAAAAGUGCUGAGCUGCAGCGGAGGAGGCGUAGAGCCCAGCAGCUGUUGGCACAGGCCAGUAAGGCUCUGGCUGAGGCCGUCAGCCUGUGUCUCCAACACAAGCUGCCCGCCUCCAUCCUGGCUGACGCUGCUCUCAACAUGUUGGAGUGUCAUGGCCAGUCUGACCCCGCAGUGGUGGGUCAAUAUCUGGCCCUGUUUCAGAGCUGCUGCACAGUUGCUACGAUGGCAGAGGUCCUGAGUUCUGCCUGUGCCGGCACCGGCGUAUCCCAGCUCUCCGCUCUGCUCAGCCUUCACAGAAAACUGCUCCUCUCUCAGGAGGAGAGGCCCAGCAGCAUGCUGAAGGGGGCGGAGGACUCCCUCGAUAGCAUCUCCAAGGCCCUCAGCCACCUGACCAUCUCUCCCAGCCACCUUAAUAUCCUUGCAGAGCUUCCGCCCAACCUGAAAAUCCUGCUGCUUCAGCACUCUGAAGAUGGGUCAGAACUUUUUGGGGCCUUCUAUGAGACAACCAAAGCUCCAAAUCAAAGGGGAAAGACUACACAAGUUACAGGUGCCCUGACAUGCUCCGGGGUGGCCAAGGUUUCAGUCUGCCCACAGGCUCUGCUGGCACUGAGGGAGAAGACUCGGGUCUUUGGCCAGCAGACGAGACAUGCCCUCAUCAAGCAAGCCUGUUGGCACAGUGCUGAGGGCCGCCUGGAGGCCUCCGAGGAGCAUUGUGUUUUUCCCUGUAAAACUGCUGCAGAAGAAAUGUUAAGACCUCACUUCAGAGAAAUUGUACAAGAUAUGGAAGACUAUUUGAAUCCACUUUUCAAACAGUUUGACUUCUCGUGCUUAAGGCCCCAGGCUGCAUCACUACCAGUCCCUGAGAUGACCAAAACCAAAGAUAAAGAAGAGAAAGGGAGCUCAGAUGAAUUGCCAGCAGAACCAGGGGAGUAUGUGGUAUUGCUGGCAGACAGGAAGUUGCUGGAGUUGCCGUUGGAAGCCUUAUCCAUCCUGCAGGACGAAGGCGUGGGUUCUGUGUCUCGAGACUUCUCCCUCCAGCUUCUCCACAGUCGCCUGAACAGAGAGGAACCAGAGGUACCACAAAAAGUUGAAAGUGACAACAAAAAGGAGACCAAAGGUGGCAAGGGAACUAAGGGGAAGGCAGAUCAAAGCCAAGCCAUCAAAGUGAUGCCUGUGAAUCAAGUGUUGCCUUCUAACACCCUCCCAGUGGACAUACGUAACAUGAAGUAUAUUGUUGACCCUCACAAUGAAGGCAACUUUGAUGGGACCAGUCUGAGCACGAGGAUGAAGGAGGUUUUGGAAACCCACAGCCAGCAUUUCACCCAUAUGUGGGAGGGCUUCAUGGGCAGCAAAGAAACGCCCAGUCUUUCCGAGGUGGAGCAGCUGCUGUGCAGAUGCAGAUGCAGUGCCUUCAUCUACCUGGGGAUGGAGCGCUUCAUGGCAAACAUUCCACCUGCCAAACUGGCAGCCCUCAAUCUGUCUGAGUGUCGCAUGGCUCUUCUCUUUGACCUGGUUCAGAACGGCGCCAGUGUUCUCCGCCAGUCAAACCUUGACAUGCACAAGAGUGCAGGACAGUUAGACCUGGAGAAACCCCUGGAGACGGCUCUGCUGUUGAGUUUGGGUGGUGUCGGCUGUAUUGUCCUCAACCAGUGGCACAGCAGCCUUCAACAGAACGCACGCACUCUGGUCAAAGUAGUAGACAAUCUACUGAGGGUCAGACAGACUUCUGGCCAGACCAUCCACACCCUGAGGAGAGGGCACAGCUCAGAGAUACCACCAUCACAUGAUCAAGUGCUCCUCGCCGACUCAAAGGAAGAUGACGUUCACCACAAAACGACUCUCGCACCAUCAGCCUUCAACUGCAUUCUUUAUGGACUCCCUAACUUGAUUGUCACGUAAUAUACUGCAUAUCCUCCCCUCUAUUUCACAGUUCAAGAUGAUUACAGGCAUGCAUGUCAGCCGGCUUUGCAAAUACGACUGUAUGCAGAAAAACUAAACAUGAGGGGUUUAGAUAUUUCAUUAAACAUGAUCCUUGAGUCUUCGCUUCUACAUUUUCCUUUGCCAUUUCAUGACAAUAUGUUCUUGAUGUUUUUAAUAUUGUUACUUUACACAGCAGACGUGAGAUACAAUAUGCAACAUGCCAGACUGCAUGAAAUAAGGCGAGAGCUCUCAGUGCUCGGGGAGAGAUUCACCCUAUACUGUACUGUACAUGUCUUAUUAAAAUACUAAUGUUACGGCUG